AACUUGUGUCUUUCUUUUCAUCACUUUAAAGACUUUUUACCUAUACAAACUUCAAAGAAAGGUUAGAUAAAAAAAAAAAAAAAAAGGAGAGAUAGAAAUGUCUGGUGAGGGAAGAGGCAGUGCAAUUGUUGUGUUGUUGUGUUUGAUGGUGUUCAUGAUCAUGAGCUCAGAGGUGGCUCAGGCAGCCACUUACAAAGUUGGUGAUGCCAAAGGCUGGACCUUUAAUGUUGAGAGUUGGCCCAGUGGGAAGAGAUUUAGGGCUGGAGACACUCUUGUGUUCAGUUACAACCCUAGCUAUCACAAUGUGGUGAUUGUGAACAAUGGUGGAUACAAGAAUUGUAAUGCACCUUCUGGUUCAAAAACUUUUACUUCUGGGAAUGAUCAAAUCAAGCUUGUCAAAGGAACAAAUAACUUCAUCUGCACUUUUCCUGGUCAUUGCACAUCCGGCAUGAAAAUUACUGUCACUGCUACUUGAUUUUCAAGCUUAUAUCAAGAAGAAUAAUUAAGUAACAAGUUAAUGGAGUUUCAGUUUUUUUUUUUUUUUUGUGUCUCAAUAAAAGUUGUUAUUAUCUCUUCAAACUUUGAAAGAUCAGUCUUUAAUGACUUUAAUUAGUUUUGUGUGUUUGUCAUGAAUUGAUCAGUUGUUGUUUUGAAUCUUUC